AUGGAUCCGGCCCUUUCCAUCUGCUCCAGCCUGCAGAAGCGCGGCUCAGGACCAGUCCAGGUCGUCCAGUCAGACGCUCGCCCGUUGACCAUCUCGUUUCGUCGACCCAAUCUCCACUUCGUGCGCGAGGCAACGGGGCUGAAGAAAAAAAAGACACCACGAACAAUUGGCACACGACAGCUUAACGGUUCGGGGGUCUUGCGAUGGGGUCGCGAUGGGCCCGGCCGUGCCGAUAUUAAUAAUUGUACCCUCGCGUCCGUUAGUCGCAAUGAUCCCGACGACGUAGACCUCGUGAUCUCACGAUGGAGUCCCGAAUUGUCAAAGGCUCUUGUGGCGGCAUUCGAGACGGCGACUUGCCCCAUGUGGUUUUUGAUGACGGCGCAAUUGGGAAGGUCGAUACCUAAAUGA